AUGGAGCAAUAUAGGAAAUCUCUAGAGUUAAACGGAUUACGCAUAAGCAGAACCAAGACAGAGUGCAUGGUAUGCAACUUCAACCCCGACGAAACUGUACCAUCAGUCGCGGAAGUCAAAUUGGAUGGCAUAGCCUUACCAAGAGUAAAUAAAUUUAAAUACCUCGGAUCAAUAAUCACGGAAGAUGGAUCGAUAACAGCCGACAUUACGUACAGAAAGAUGUCUGGGUGGCAUAAGUACAUUAACAGGAGUCCUCUGCAAUCCAAAAAUGCCGAUAAGAACCAAAGCCAAGGUCUAUAA